UUUUGUUGUAUUGGCAGAUACGUCAGGAGGAUCUCUCCAGCUAGAGUAUAUCCUGAGUUGGUGUUAUCCAUGGCGCUAUUGAAAAUUGUCGUUUUAUUAUUCAUUGGAAUUACUGUUGCUCGCAAGUGCAAAUCCCCAAUAGAGUUGGCUGUAGUUGUCGAUGCAUCUGAUAGUCUGUCAUUGAACGACGUGACUUUUGUUAAAGGUUUUAUUAAAAGCGUAGGGCGCUUUUUUCGUAUCGCGGUCUUUUCAAGUCACGUGUCCGUUGUUUUGGCGGGAUCUAAUGUUAGUGAUGUCAUUGCUUUGAACAAAAUUGGUGCAAAUAAGUUCAAGUUCUAUAAAGCUGUGGAUAAAGUUGUCAAACCGCUGGGAGGAGAAUGGAGUGUGGAUAGAGGUCUUCAAAUGAUUAAAAAACGAGUUUUUACUGAAGAAAACGGGAUGCGAUCUUUUUUACCACGAAUUGUGUUGGUUGUUACGAGCGGAAUACCAGGAAAUGGAAAUGAUAUUCAACAUCAAAUAAAGAAUCUGACUGAUGUUGGAGCGAAAGUGUACAUGGUUAGUGUCGGUGAUGUUGCACGACAAGACGAACUAAUGCGCAUGAUCAGAAACGAAAGCAGUAACAUGUAUCAAGUGCAAAAUUUUCGAGAAUUGACGUCUUUGGCAUCUAUCAUCGGCGAAGAUAUUUGUCAAACACAUUAUCACGAUGAACUUGCCAUUUGCAAGACCAAAACGGACGUUGGCUUUAUAGUCGACUCAUCUGGUAGCAUUAAUAACGCUGGAUAUCUGAAAAUGAAAACUUUCAUGAAAGCAAUUUCUGUGUACCUUGGAUUCGCACCUGACGCUUUACAUGUUGGUGCUGUAUUGUACAGCAAAGAAGCAAACCUAUGGACUCGAUUCAAAGAUAAUUUAAAUCUUAGAACAUGGUUUAAAAAGUUGUGGACAAUGCCUCAUUACCGUGAUGUGACUCGUAUAGAUCUAGGUCUUGAUGUUGCCAAUACUCAAUUGUUUACAAGAAAAAGUGGAAUGCGGGAUGAUGCUAUAAAAAUAGCGAUAUUGUUCACUGAUGGUGAGCAAACUACCAGAGGAAUUAAUGACUUGAUUCCUCUCAGAGAAGCAGCUGAUAAACUGAGGGAGAGAGACAUCACCGUGUUUGCUGUUGGAAUUGGUAAAUCAGUCAGAAAAGACCAGCUAUUAGAGAUUGCUAAGACUUCGGAAUAUAUAAUAACUUUGAGCUCCUUCAAUGAGUUGGAGGCGAAAACAAGAAAAAUGGCAAAAGAUGUUUGUCAACUUGUCAAUGAUCCACCAAUCGUAAAUUUUACGCAGCCAAUUUACACGGCAAUUGAAAGUAAAAACGUAACUGUUGGUGUGUCCAUCUUUAACAAUAAAAGGAACACUCCAGUAACAAUCAGAAUCAUCCCAAAUUCUGACACAGCUGGAAGUAAUGAUUUUGAUAAUAGCAUCACCGAGAUUGAAUUUCAACCUGAGCAAACUGGAACAAAGUUUGUGGAAAUCAGUCUGAUAAAUGACAAAGAAUAUGAGGCAACGGAAGAAUUUACUAUUUCUCUUUCAUCAAAUUCAAUUGUAGUUCUUGGAAAUUCUUCUAAAGUUAAAAUAUUAGACGAUGAUGCUCCACCAGUCAUUGAAUUCACUCGACCUGUUUACGAAGUAUUAGAGAGUGAAAAUUCUGUUGCCGUUGGAAUAUCUGUUACAAAUGGAAAUGUUACUAGACCAGUCACUGUUAGAAUCUUCUCUAGUUUCGGCACAGCAAGCACAGACGAUUUCGUUGGUAUUGAUAAAGAAAUUACAUUUCAACCUGGUGAAAUUGGACCAAAAGUUGUUCAGAUUAAUCUUGUGAAUGAUAGACAUGAUGAACCAACCGAAGAAUUUAGGGUUUCACUUUCGUCAAAUUCAAGAGUAAUUUUAGGAAAUUCUUCUAAAGUUAAAAUAUUAGACGAUGAUGCUCCACCAGUCAUUGAAUUCACUCGACCUGUUUACGAAGUAUUAGAGAGUAAAGAUUCUGUUGCCGUUGGAAUAUCUGUUACAAAUGGAAAUGUUACUAGACCAGUCACUGUUAGAAUCUUCUCUAGUUUCGGCACAGCAAGCACAGACGAUUUCGUUGGUAUUGAUAAAGAAAUUACAUUUCAACCUGGUGAAAUUGGACCAAAAGUUGUUCAGAUUAAUCUUGUGAAUGAUAGACAUGAUGAACCAACCGAAGAAUUUAGGGUUUCACUUUCGUCAAAUUCAAGAGUAAUUUUAGGAAAUUCUUCUAAAGUUAAAAUAUUAGACGAUGAUGCUCCACCAGUCAUUGAAUUCACUCGACCUGUUUACGAAGUAUUAGAGAGUAAAGAUUCUGUUGCCGUUGGAAUAUCUGUUACAAAUGGAAAUGUUACUAGACCAGUCACUGUUAGAAUCUUCUCUAGUUUCGGCACAGCAAGCACAGACGAUUUCGUUGGUAUUGAUAAAGAAAUUACAUUUCAACCUGGUGAAAUUGGACCAAAAGUUGUUCAGAUUAAUCUUGUGAAUGAUAGACAUGAUGAACCAACCGAAGAAUUUAGGGUUUCACUUGCGUCAAAUUCAAGAGUAAUUUUAGGAAAUUCUUCUAAAGUUAAAAUAUUAGACGAUGAUGCUCCACCAGUCAUUGAAUUCACUCGACCUGUUUACGAAGUAUUAGAGAGUAAAGAUUCUGUUGCCGUUGGAAUAUCUGUUACAAAUGGAAAUGUUACUAGACCAGUCACUGUUAGAAUCUUCUCUAGUUUCGGCACAGCAAGCACAGACGAUUUCGUUGGUAUUGAUAAAGAAAUUACAUUUCAACCUGGUGAAAUUGGACCAAAAGUUGUUCAGAUUAAUCUUGUGAAUGAUAGACAUGAUGAACCAACCGAAGAAUUUAGGGUUUCACUUUCGUCAAAUUCAAGAGUAAUUUUAGGAAAUUCUUCUCAAGUUAAAAUAUUAGACGAUGAUGCUCCACCAGUCAUUGAAUUCACUCGACCUGUUUACGAAGUAUUAGAGAGUAAAGAUUCUGUUGCCGUUGGAAUAUCUGUUACAAAUGGAAAUGUUACUAGACCAGUCACUGUUAGAAUCUUCUCUAGUUUCGGCACAGCAAGCACAGACGAUUUCGUUGGUAUUGAUAAAGAAAUUACAUUUCAACCUGGUGAAAUUGGACCAAAAGUUGUUCAGAUUAAUCUUGUGAAUGAUAGACAUGAUGAACCAACCGAAGAAUUUAGGGUUUCACUUGCGUCAAAUUCAAGAGUAAUUUUAGGAAAUUCUUCUAAAGUUAAAAUAUUAGACGAUGAUGCUCCACCAGUCAUUGAAUUCACUCGACCUGUUUACGAAGUAUUAGAGAGUAAAGAUUCUGUUGCCGUUGGAAUAUCUGUUACAAAUGGAAAUGUUACUAGACCAGUCACUGUUAGAAUCUUCUCUAGUUUCGGCACAGCAAGCACAGACGAUUUCGUUGGUAUUGAUAAAGAAAUUACAUUUCAACCUGGUGAAAUUGGACCAAAAGUUGUUCAGAUUAAUCUUGUGAAUGAUAGACAUGAUGAACCAACCGAAGAAUUUAGGGUUUCACUUUCGUCAAAUUCAAGAGUAAUUUUAGGAAAUUCUUCUAAAGUUAAAAUAUUAGACGAUGAUGCUCCACCAGUCAUUGAAUUCACUCGACCUGUUUACGAAGUAUUAGAGAGUAAAGAUUCUGUUGCCGUUGGAAUAUCUGUUACAAAUGGAAAUGUUACUAGACCAGUCACUGUUAGAAUCUUCUCUAGUUUCGGCACAGCAAGCACAGACGAUUUCGUUGGUAUUGAUAAAGAAAUUACAUUUCAACCUGGUGAAAUUGGACCAAAAGUUGUUCAGAUUAAUCUUGUGAAUGAUAGACAUGAUGAACCAACCGAAGAAUUUAGGGUUUCACUUUCGUCAAAUUCAAGAGUAAUUUUAGGAAAUUCUUCUAAAGUUAAAAUAUUAGACGAUGAUGCUCCACCAGUCAUUGAAUUCACUCGACCUGUUUACGAAGUAUUAGAGAGUAAAGAUUCUGUUGCCGUUGGAAUAUCUGUUACAAAUGGAAAUGUUACUAGACCAGUCACUGUUAGAAUCUUCUCUAGUUUCGGCACAGCAAGCACAGACGAUUUCGUUGGUAUUGAUAAAGAAAUUACAUUUCAACCUGGUGAAAUUGGACCAAAAGUUGUUCAGAUUAAUCUUGUGAAUGAUAGACAUGAUGAACCAACCGAAGAAUUUAGGGUUUCACUUGCGUCAAAUUCAAGAGUAAUUUUAGGAAAUUCUUCUAAAGUUAAAAUAUUAGACGAUGAUGCUCCACCAGUCAUUGAAUUCACUCGACCUGUUUACGAAGUAUUAGAGAGUAAAGAUUCUGUUGCCGUUGGAAUAUCUGUUACAAAUGGAAAUGUUACUAGACCAGUCACUGUUAGAAUCUUCUCUAGUUUCGGCACAGCAAGCACAGACGAUUUCGUUGGUAUUGAUAAAGAAAUUACAUUUCAACCUGGUGAAAUUGGACCAAAAGUUGUUCAGAUUAAUCUUGUGAAUGAUAGACAUGAUGAACCAACCGAAGAAUUUAGGGUUUCACUUGCGUCAAAUUCAAGAGUAAUUUUAGGAAAUUCUUCUAAAGUUAAAAUAUUAGACGAUGAUGCUCCACCAGUCAUUGAAUUCACUCGACCUGUUUACGAAGUAUUAGAGAGUAAAGAUUCUGUUGCCGUUGGAAUAUCUGUUACAAAUGGAAAUGUUACUAGACCAGUCACUGUUAGAAUCUUCUCUAGUUUCGGCACAGCAAGCACAGACGAUUUCGUUGGUAUUGAUAAAGAAAUUACAUUUCAACCUGGUGAAAUUGGACCAAAAGUUGUUCAGAUUAAUCUUGUGAAUGAUAGACAUGAUGAACCAACCGAAGAAUUUAGGGUUUCACUUUCGUCAAAUUCAAGAGUAAUUUUAGGAAAUUCUUCUAAAGUUAAAAUAUUAGACGAUGAUGCUCCACCAGUCAUUGAAUUCACUCGACCUGUUUACGAAGUAUUAGAGAGUAAAGAUUCUGUUGCCGUUGGAAUAUCUGUUACAAAUGGAAAUGUUACUAGACCAGUCACUGUUAGAAUCUUCUCUAGUUUCGGCACAGCAAGCACAGACGAUUUCGUUGGUAUUGAUAAAGAAAUUACAUUUCAACCUGGUGAAAUUGGACCAAAAGUUGUUCAGAUUAAUCUUGUGAAUGAUAGACAUGAUGAACCAACCGAAGAAUUUAGGGUUUCACUUGCGUCAAAUUCAAGAGUAAUUUUAGGAAAUUCUUCUAAAGUUAAAAUAUUAGACGAUGAUGCUCCACCAGUCAUUGAAUUCACUCGACCUGUUUACGAAGUAUUAGAGAGUAAAGAUUCUGUUGCCGUUGGAAUAUCUGUUACAAAUGGAAAUGUUACUAGACCAGUCACUGUUAGAAUCUUCUCUAGUUUCGGCACAGCAAGCACAGACGAUUUCGUUGGUAUUGAUAAAGAAAUUACAUUUCAACCUGGUGAAAUUGGACCAAAAGUUGUUCAGAUUAAUCUUGUGAAUGAUAGACAUGAUGAACCAACCGAAGAAUUUAGGGUUUCACUUUCGUCAAAUUCAAGAGUAAUUUUAGGAAAUUCUUCUAAAGUUAAAAUAUUAGACGAUGAUGCUCCACCAGUCAUUGAAUUCACUCGACCUGUUUACGAAGUAUUAGAGAGUAAAGAUUCUGUUGCCGUUGGAAUAUCUGUUACAAAUGGAAAUGUUACUAGACCAGUCACUGUUAGAAUCUUCUCUAGUUUCGGCACAGCAAGCACAGACGAUUUCGUUGGUAUUGAUAAAGAAAUUACAUUUCAACCUGGUGAAAUUGGACCAAAAGUUGUUCAGAUUAAUCUUGUGAAUGAUAGACAUGAUGAACCAACCGAAGAAUUUAGGGUUUCACUUUCGUCAAAUUCAAGAGUAAUUUUAGGAAAUUCUUCUAAAGUUAAAAUAUUAGACGAUGAUGCUCCACCAGUCAUUGAAUUCACUCGACCUGUUUACGAAGUAUUAGAGAGUAAAGAUUCUGUUGCCGUUGGAAUAUCUGUUACAAAUGGAAAUGUUACUAGACCAGUCACUGUUAGAAUCUUCUCUAGUUUCGGCACAGCAAGCACAGACGAUUUCGUUGGUAUUGAUAAAGAAAUUACAUUUCAACCUGGUGAAAUUGGACCAAAAGUUGUUCAGAUUAAUCUUGUGAAUGAUAGACAUGAUGAACCAACCGAAGAAUUUAGGGUUUCACUUUCGUCAAAUUCAAGAGUAAUUUUAGGAAAUUCUUCUAAAGUUAAAAUAUUAGACGAUGAUGCUCCACCAGUCAUUGAAUUCACUCGACCUGUUUACGAAGUAUUAGAGAGUAAAGAUUCUGUUGCCGUUGGAAUAUCUGUUACAAAUGGAAAUGUUACUAGACCAGUCACUGUUAGAAUCUUCUCUAGUUUCGGCACAGCAAGCACAGACGAUUUCGUUGGUAUUGAUAAAGAAAUUACAUUUCAACCUGGUGAAAUUGGACCAAAAGUUGUUCAGAUUAAUCUUGUGAAUGAUAGACAUGAUGAACCAACCGAAGAAUUUAGGGUUUCACUUUCGUCAAAUUCAAGAGUAAUUUUAGGAAAUUCUUCUAAAGUUAAAAUAUUAGACGAUGAUGCUCCACCAGUCAUUGAAUUCACUCGACCUGUUUACGAAGUAUUAGAGAGUAAAGAUUCUGUUGCCGUUGGAAUAUCUGUUACAAAUGGAAAUGUUACUAGACCAGUCACUGUUAGAAUCUUCUCUAGUUUCGGCACAGCAAGCACAGACGAUUUCGUUGGUAUUGAUAAAGAAAUUACAUUUCAACCUGGUGAAAUUGGACCAAAAGUUGUUCAGAUUAAUCUUGUGAAUGAUAGACAUGAUGAACCAACCGAAGAAUUUAGGGUUUCACUUUCGUCAAAUUCAAGAGUAAUUUUAGGAAAUUCUUCUAAAGUUAAAAUAUUAGACGAUGAUGCUCCACCAGUCAUUGAAUUCACUCGACCUGUUUACGAAGUAUUAGAGAGUAAAGAUUCUGUUGCCGUUGGAAUAUCUGUUACAAAUGGAAAUGUUACUAGACCAGUCACUGUUAGAAUCUUCUCUAGUUUCGGCACAGCAAGCACAGACGAUUUCGUUGGUAUUGAUAAAGAAAUUACAUUUCAACCUGGUGAAAUUGGACCAAAAGUUGUUCAGAUUAAUCUUGUGAAUGAUAGACAUGAUGAACCAACCGAAGAAUUUAGGGUUUCACUUUCGUCAAAUUCAAGAGUAAUUUUAGGAAAUUCUUCUAAAGUUAAAAUAUUAGACGAUGAUGCUCCACCAGUCAUUGAAUUCACUCGACCUGUUUACGAAGUAUUAGAGAGUAAAGAUUCUGUUGCCGUUGGAAUAUCUGUUACAAAUGGAAAUGUUACUAGACCAGUCACUGUUAGAAUCUUCUCUAGUUUCGGCACAGCAAGCACAGACGAUUUCGUUGGUAUUGAUAAAGAAAUUACAUUUCAACCUGGUGAAAUUGGACCAAAAGUUGUUCAGAUUAAUCUUGUGAAUGAUAGACAUGAUGAACCAACCGAAGAAUUUAGGGUUUCACUUUCGUCAAAUUCAAGAGUAAUUUUAGGAAAUUCUUCUAAAGUUAAAAUAUUAGACGAUGAUGCUCCACCAGUCAUUGAAUUCACUCGACCUGUUUACGAAGUAUUAGAGAGUAAAGAUUCUGUUGCCGUUGGAAUAUCUGUUACAAAUGGAAAUGUUACUAGACCAGUCACUGUUAGAAUCUUCUCUAGUUUCGGCACAGCAAGCACAGACGAUUUCGUUGGUAUUGAUAAAGAAAUUACAUUUCAACCUGGUGAAAUUGGACCAAAAGUUGUUCAGAUUAAUCUUGUGAAUGAUAGACAUGAUGAACCAACCGAAGAAUUUAGGGUUUCACUUUCGUCAAAUUCAAGAGUAAUUUUAGGAAAUUCUUCUAAAGUUAAAAUAUUAGACGAUGAUGCUCCACCAGUCAUUGAAUUCACUCGACCUGUUUACGAAGUAUUAGAGAGUAAAGAUUCUGUUGCCGUUGGAAUAUCUGUUACAAAUGGAAAUGUUACUAGACCAGUCACUGUUAGAAUCUUCUCUAGUUUCGGCACAGCAAGCACAGACGAUUUCGUUGGUAUUGAUAAAGAAAUUACAUUUCAACCUGGUGAAAUUGGACCAAAAGUUGUUCAGAUUAAUCUUGUGAAUGAUAGACAUGAUGAACCAACCGAAGAAUUUAGGGUUUCACUUUCGUCAAAUUCAAGAGUAAUUUUAGGAAAUUCUUCUAAAGUUAAAAUAUUAGACGAUGAUGCUCCACCAGUCAUUGAAUUCACUCGACCUGUUUACGAAGUAUUAGAGAGUAAAGAUUCUGUUGCCGUUGGAAUAUCUGUUACAAAUGGAAAUGUUACUAGACCAGUCACUGUUAGAAUCUUCUCUAGUUUCGGCACAGCAAGCACAGACGAUUUCGUUGGUAUUGAUAAAGAAAUUACAUUUCAACCUGGUGAAAUUGGACCAAAAGUUGUUCAGAUUAAUCUUGUGAAUGAUAGACAUGAUGAACCAACCGAAGAAUUUAGGGUUUCACUUUCGUCAAAUUCAAGAGUAAUUUUAGGAAAUUCUUCUAAAGUUAAAAUAUUAGACGAUGAUGCUCCACCAGUCAUUGAAUUCACUCGACCUGUUUACGAAGUAUUAGAGAGUAAAGAUUCUGUUGCCGUUGGAAUAUCUGUUACAAAUGGAAAUGUUACUAGACCAGUCACUGUUAGAAUCUUCUCUAGUUUCGGCACAGCAAGCACAGACGAUUUCGUUGGUAUUGAUAAAGAAAUUACAUUUCAACCUGGUGAAAUUGGACCAAAAGUUGUUCAGAUUAAUCUUGUGAAUGAUAGACAUGAUGAACCAACCGAAGAAUUUAGGGUUUCACUUUCGUCAAAUUCAAGAGUAAUUUUAGGAAAUUCUUCUAAAGUUAAAAUAUUAGACGAUGAUGCUCCACCAGUCAUUGAAUUCACUCGACCUGUUUACGAAGUAUUAGAGAGUAAAGAUUCUGUUGCCGUUGGAAUAUCUGUUACAAAUGGAAAUGUUACUAGACCAGUCACUGUUAGAAUCUUCUCUAGUUUCGGCACAGCAAGCACAGACGAUUUCGUUGGUAUUGAUAAAGAAAUUACAUUUCAACCUGGUGAAAUUGGACCAAAAGUUGUUCAGAUUAAUCUUGUGAAUGAUAGACAUGAUGAACCAACCGAAGAAUUUAGGGUUUCACUUUCGUCAAAUUCAAGAGUAAUUUUAGGAAAUUCUUCUAAAGUUAAAAUAUUAGACGAUGAUGCUCCACCAGUCAUUGAAUUCACUCGACCUGUUUACGAAGUAUUAGAGAGUAAAGAUUCUGUUGCCGUUGGAAUAUCUGUUACAAAUGGAAAUGUUACUAGACCAGUCACUGUUAGAAUCUUCUCUAGUUUCGGCACAGCAAGCACAGACGAUUUCGUUGGUAUUGAUAAAGAAAUUACAUUUCAACCUGGUGAAAUUGGACCAAAAGUUGUUCAGAUUAAUCUUGUGAAUGAUAGACAUGAUGAACCAACCGAAGAAUUUAGGGUUUCACUUUCGUCAAAUUCAAGAGUAAUUUUAGGAAAUUCUUCUAAAGUUAAAAUAUUAGACGAUGAUGCUCCACCAGUCAUUGAAUUCACUCGACCUGUUUACGAAGUAUUAGAGAGUAAAGAUUCUGUUGCCGUUGGAAUAUCUGUUACAAAUGGAAAUGUUACUAGACCAGUCACUGUUAGAAUCUUCUCUAGUUUCGGCACAGCAAGCACAGACGAUUUCGUUGGUAUUGAUAAAGAAAUUACAUUUCAACCUGGUGAAAUUGGACCAAAAGUUGUUCAGAUUAAUCUUGUGAAUGAUAGACAUGAUGAACCAACCGAAGAAUUUAGGGUUUCACUUGCGUCAAAUUCAAGAGUAAUUUUAGGAAAUUCUUCUAAAGUUAAAAUAUUAGACGAUGAUGCUCCACCAGUCAUUGAAUUCACUCGACCUGUUUACGAAGUAUUAGAGAGUAAAGAUUCUGUUGCCGUUGGAAUAUCUGUUACAAAUGGAAAUGUUACUAGACCAGUCACUGUUAGAAUCUUCUCUAGUUUCGGCACAGCAAGCACAGACGAUUUCGUUGGUAUUGAUAAAGAAAUUACAUUUCAACCUGGUGAAAUUGGACCAAAAGUUGUUCAGAUUAAUCUUGUGAAUGAUAGACAUGAUGAACCAACCGAAGAAUUUAGGGUUUCACUUUCGUCAAAUUCAAGAGUAAUUUUAGGAAAUUCUUCUAAAGUUAAAAUAUUAGACGAUGAUGCUCCACCAGUCAUUGAAUUCACUCGACCUGUUUACGAAGUAUUAGAGAGUAAAGAUUCUGUUGCCGUUGGAAUAUCUGUUACAAAUGGAAAUGUUACUAGACCAGUCACUGUUAGAAUCUUCUCUAGUUUCGGCACAGCAAGCACAGACGAUUUCGUUGGUAUUGAUAAAGAAAUUACAUUUCAACCUGGUGAAAUUGGACCAAAAGUUGUUCAGAUUAAUCUUGUGAAUGAUAGACAUGAUGAACCAACCGAAGAAUUUAGGGUUUCACUUUCGUCAAAUUCAAGAGUAAUUUUAGGAAAUUCUUCUAAAGUUAAAAUAUUAGACGAUGAUGCUCCACCAGUCAUUGAAUUCACUCGACCUGUUUACGAAGUAUUAGAGAGUAAAGAUUCUGUUGCCGUUGGAAUAUCUGUUACAAAUGGAAAUGUUACUAGACCAGUCACUGUUAGAAUCUUCUCUAGUUUCGGCACAGCAAGCACAGACGAUUUCGUUGGUAUUGAUAAAGAAAUUACAUUUCAACCUGGUGAAAUUGGACCAAAAGUUGUUCAGAUUAAUCUUGUGAAUGAUAGACAUGAUGAACCAACCGAAGAAUUUAGGGUUUCACUUUCGUCAAAUUCAAGAGUAAUUUUAGGAAAUUCUUCUAAAGUUAAAAUAUUAGACGAUGAUGCUCCACCAGUCAUUGAAUUCACUCGACCUGUUUACGAAGUAUUAGAGAGUAAAGAUUCUGUUGCCGUUGGAAUAUCUGUUACAAAUGGAAAUGUUACUAGACCAGUCACUGUUAGAAUCUUCUCUAGUUUCGGCACAGCAAGCACAGACGAUUUCGUUGGUAUUGAUAAAGAAAUUACAUUUCAACCUGGUGAAAUUGGACCAAAAGUUGUUCAGAUUAAUCUUGUGAAUGAUAGACAUGAUGAACCAACCGAAGAAUUUAGGGUUUCACUUUCGUCAAAUUCAAGAGUAAUUUUAGGAAAUUCUUCUAAAGUUAAAAUAUUAGACGAUGAUGCUCCACCAGUCAUUGAAUUCACUCGACCUGUUUACGAAGUAUUAGAGAGUAAAGAUUCUGUUGCCGUUGGAAUAUCUGUUACAAAUGGAAAUGUUACUAGACCAGUCACUGUUAGAAUCUUCUCUAGUUUCGGCACAGCAAGCACAGACGAUUUCGUUGGUAUUGAUAAAGAAAUUACAUUUCAACCUGGUGAAAUUGGACCAAAAGUUGUUCAGAUUAAUCUUGUGAAUGAUAGACAUGAUGAACCAACCGAAGAAUUUAGGGUUUCACUUUCGUCAAAUUCAAGAGUAAUUUUAGGAAAUUCUUCUCAAGUUAAAAUAUUAGACGAUGAUGCUCCACCAGUCAUUGAAUUCACUCGACCUGUUUACGAAGUAUUAGAGAGUAAAGAUUCUGUUGCCGUUGGAAUAUCUGUUACAAAUGGAAAUGUUACUAGACCAGUCACUGUUAGAAUCUUCUCUAGUUUCGGCACAGCAAGCACAGACGAUUUCGUUGGUAUUGAUAAAGAAAUUACAUUUCAACCUGGUGAAAUUGGACCAAAAGUUGUUCAGAUUAAUCUUGUGAAUGAUAGACAUGAUGAACCAACCGAAGAAUUUAGGGUUUCACUUUCGUCAAAUUCAAGAGUAAUUUUAGGAAAUUCUUCUAAAGUUAAAAUAUUAGACGAUGAUGCUCCACCAGUCAUUGAAUUCACUCGACCUGUUUACGAAGUAUUAGAGAGUAAAGAUUCUGUUGCCGUUGGAAUAUCUGUUACAAAUGGAAAUGUUACUAGACCAGUCACUGUUAGAAUCUUCUCUAGUUUCGGCACAGCAAGCACAGACGAUUUCGUUGGUAUUGAUAAAGAAAUUACAUUUCAACCUGGUGAAAUUGGACCAAAAGUUGUUCAGAUUAAUCUUGUGAAUGAUAGACAUGAUGAACCAACCGAAGAAUUUAGGGUUUCACUUUCGUCAAAUUCAAGAGUAAUUUUAGGAAAUUCUUCUAAAGUUAAAAUAUUAGACGAUGAUGCUCCACCAGUCAUUGAAUUCACUCGACCUGUUUACGAAGUAUUAGAGAGUAAAGAUUCUGUUGCCGUUGGAAUAUCUGUUACAAAUGGAAAUGUUACUAGACCAGUCACUGUUAGAAUCUUCUCUAGUUUCGGCACAGCAAGCACAGACGAUUUCGUUGGUAUUGAUAAAGAAAUUACAUUUCAACCUGGUGAAAUUGGACCAAAAGUUGUUCAGAUUAAUCUUGUGAAUGAUAGACAUGAUGAACCAACCGAAGAAUUUAGGGUUUCACUUGCGUCAAAUUCAAGAGUAAUUUUAGGAAAUUCUUCUAAAGUUAAAAUAUUAGACGAUGAUGCUCCACCAGUCAUUGAAUUCACUCGACCUGUUUACGAAGUAUUAGAGAGUAAAGAUUCUGUUGCCGUUGGAAUAUCUGUUACAAAUGGAAAUGUUACUAGACCAGUCACUGUUAGAAUCUUCUCUAGUUUCGGCACAGCAAGCACAGACGAUUUCGUUGGUAUUGAUAAAGAAAUUACAUUUCAACCUGGUGAAAUUGGACCAAAAGUUGUUCAGAUUAAUCUUGUGAAUGAUAGACAUGAUGAACCAACCGAAGAAUUUAGGGUUUCACUUUCGUCAAAUUCAAGAGUAAUUUUAGGAAAUUCUUCUCAAGUUAAAAUAUUAGACGAUGAUGCUCCACCAGUCAUUGAAUUCACUCGACCUGUUUACGAAGUAUUAGAGAGUAAAGAUUCUGUUGCCGUUGGAAUAUCUGUUACAAAUGGAAAUGUUACUAGACCAGUCACUGUUAGAAUCUUCUCUAGUUUCGGCACAGCAAGCACAGACGAUUUCGUUGGUAUUGAUAAAGAAAUUACAUUUCAACCUGGUGAAAUUGGACCAAAAGUUGUUCAGAUUAAUCUUGUGAAUGAUAGACAUGAUGAACCAACCGAAGAAUUUAGGGUUUCACUUUCGUCAAAUUCAAGAGUAAUUUUAGGAAAUUCUUCUAAAGUUAAAAUAUUAGACGAUGAUGCUCCACCAGUCAUUGAAUUCACUCGACCUGUUUACGAAGUAUUAGAGAGUAAAGAUUCUGUUGCCGUUGGAAUAUCUGUUACAAAUGGAAAUGUUACUAGACCAGUCACUGUUAGAAUCUUCUCUAGUUUCGGCACAGCAAGCACAGACGAUUUCGUUGGUAUUGAUAAAGAAAUUACAUUUCAACCUGGUGAAAUUGGACCAAAAGUUGUUCAGAUUAAUCUUGUGAAUGAUAGACAUGAUGAACCAACCGAAGAAUUUAGGGUUUCACUUGCGUCAAAUUCAAGAGUAAUUUUAGGAAAUUCUUCUAAAGUUAAAAUAUUAGACGAUGAUGCUCCACCAGUCAUUGAAUUCACUCGACCUGUUUACGAAGUAUUAGAGAGUAAAGAUUCUGUUGCCGUUGGAAUAUCUGUUACAAAUGGAAAUGUUACUAGACCAGUCACUGUUAGAAUCUUCUCUAGUUUCGGCACAGCAAGCACAGACGAUUUCGUUGGUAUUGAUAAAGAAAUUACAUUUCAACCUGGUGAAAUUGGACCAAAAGUUGUUCAGAUUAAUCUUGUGAAUGAUAGACAUGAUGAACCAACCGAAGAAUUUAGGGUUUCACUUGCGUCAAAUUCAAGAGUAAUUUUAGGAAAUUCUUCUAAAGUUAAAAUAUUAGACGAUGAUGCUCCACCAGUCAUUGAAUUCACUCGACCUGUUUACGAAGUAUUAGAGAGUAAAGAUUCUGUUGCCGUUGGAAUAUCUGUUACAAAUGGAAAUGUUACUAGACCAGUCACUGUUAGAAUCUUCUCUAGUUUCGGCACAGCAAGCACAGACGAUUUCGUUGGUAUUGAUAAAGAAAUUACAUUUCAACCUGGUGAAAUUGGACCAAAAGUUGUUCAGAUUAAUCUUGUGAAUGAUAGACAUGAUGAACCAACCGAAGAAUUUAGGGUUUCACUUGCGUCAAAUUCAAGAGUAAUUUUAGGAAAUUCUUCUAAAGUUAAAAUAUUAGACGAUGAUGCUCCACCAGUCAUUGAAUUCACUCGACCUGUUUACGAAGUAUUAGAGAGUAAAGAUUCUGUUGCCGUUGGAAUAUCUGUUACAAAUGGAAAUGUUACUAGACCAGUCACUGUUAGAAUCUUCUCUAGUUUCGGCACAGCAAGCACAGACGAUUUCGUUGGUAUUGAUAAAGAAAUUACAUUUCAACCUGGUGAAAUUGGACCAAAAGUUGUUCAGAUUAAUCUUGUGAAUGAUAGACAUGAUGAACCAACCGAAGAAUUUAGGGUUUCACUUGCGUCAAAUUCAAGAGUAAUUUUAGGAAAUUCUUCUAAAGUUAAAAUAUUAGACGAUGAUGCUCCACCAGUCAUUGAAUUCACUCGACCUGUUUACGAAGUAUUAGAGAGUAAAGAUUCUGUUGCCGUUGGAAUAUCUGUUACAAAUGGAAAUGUUACUAGACCAGUCACUGUUAGAAUCUUCUCUAGUUUCGGCACAGCAAGCACAGACGAUUUCGUUGGUAUUGAUAAAGAAAUUACAUUUCAACCUGGUGAAAUUGGACCAAAAGUUGUUCAGAUUAAUCUUGUGAAUGAUAGACAUGAUGAACCAACCGAAGAAUUUAGGGUUUCACUUUCGUCAAAUUCAAGAGUAAUUUUAGGAAAUUCUUCUAAAGUUAAAAUAUUAGACGAUGAUGCUCCACCAGUCAUUGAAUUCACUCGACCUGUUUACGAAGUAUUAGAGAGUAAAGAUUCUGUUGCCGUUGGAAUAUCUGUUACAAAUGGAAAUGUUACUAGACCAGUCACUGUUAGAAUCUUCUCUAGUUUCGGCACAGCAAGCACAGACGAUUUCGUUGGUAUUGAUAAAGAAAUUACAUUUCAACCUGGUGAAAUUGGACCAAAAGUUGUUCAGAUUAAUCUUGUGAAUGAUAGACAUGAUGAACCAACCGAAGAAUUUAGGGUUUCACUUUCGUCAAAUUCAAGAGUAAUUUUAGGAAAUUCUUCUAAAGUUAAAAUAUUAGACGAUGAUGCUCCACCAGUCAUUGAAUUCACUCGACCUGUUUACGAAGUAUUAGAGAGUAAAGAUUCUGUUGCCGUUGGAAUAUCUGUUACAAAUGGAAAUGUUACUAGACCAGUCACUGUUAGAAUCUUCUCUAGUUUCGGCACAGCAAGCACAGACGAUUUCGUUGGUAUUGAUAAAGAAAUUACAUUUCAACCUGGUGAAAUUGGACCAAAAGUUGUUCAGAUUAAUCUUGUGAAUGAUAGACAUGAUGAACCAACCGAAGAAUUUAGGGUUUCACUUGCGUCAAAUUCAAGAGUAAUUUUAGGAAAUUCUUCUAAAGUUAAAAUAUUAGACGAUGAUGCUCCACCAGUCAUUGAAUUCACUCGACCUGUUUACGAAGUAUUAGAGAGUAAAGAUUCUGUUGCCGUUGGAAUAUCUGUUACAAAUGGAAAUGUUACUAGACCAGUCACUGUUAGAAUCUUCUCUAGUUUCGGCACAGCAAGCACAGACGAUUUCGUUGGUAUUGAUAAAGAAAUUACAUUUCAACCUGGUGAAAUUGGACCAAAAGUUGUUCAGAUUAAUCUUGUGAAUGAUAGACAUGAUGAACCAACCGAAGAAUUUAGGGUUUCACUUGCGUCAAAUUCAAGAGUAAUUUUAGGAAAUUCUUCUAAAGUUAAAAUAUUAGACGAUGAUGCUCCACCAGUCAUUGAAUUCACUCGACCUGUUUACGAAGUAUUAGAGAGUAAAGAUUCUGUUGCCGUUGGAAUAUCUGUUACAAAUGGAAAUGUUACUAGACCAGUCACUGUUAGAAUCUUCUCUAGUUUCGGCACAGCAAGCACAGACGAUUUCGUUGGUAUUGAUAAAGAAAUUACAUUUCAACCUGGUGAAAUUGGACCAAAAGUUGUUCAGAUUAAUCUUGUGAAUGAUAGACAUGAUGAACCAACCGAAGAAUUUAGGGUUUCACUUUCGUCAAAUUCAAGAGUAAUUUUAGGAAAUUCUUCUCAAGUUAAAAUAUUAGACGAUGAUGGUGAGUUAGUUAAGAUUUUUGUCAUUUAUGCAACGUUACACGUUAUACUGCAUGUAUUCAAAAGAAAUUGGAGGGAAAUGAAACAACUUUUGAGAAAUAUAGUCUUUUUCUUUGAAAACAGGAAAAUUUUAAAAGCACAUCAACUAAGAUCUAAUAUCUAUUUCGUGAAGCAUUAAAUAUAUUUUUCAAUAUCUAGCAUACAACAAAGUUAUUCUUACUAGGAUUGAUCAUUUAUUUGACGUACACUAUACGGAA